AUGGCAUUUAACGGCCUGGCCACGCACCAGAUCAGCCGCCCCUCCACGCAGAGCCUGCACGCUUUUGUUGCAGCUCGCGUGAAUGGAGUGUCUGGCAGGAGGAGCCGUCUGGUUGUGCAGAUGGCGAAGAAGUCUGUCGGCGACCUCACAAAAAGCGAUCUGGAAGGCAAGACCGUGCUGGUCAGGGCUGACCUGAACGUUCCCCUCAACAAGGACCUGGAGAUCACCGAUGACACCCGCAUCCGCGCUGCCAUCCCCACCCUUAAGUACCUCACAGACAACGGCGCCAAAGUGCUGCUCACCAGCCACUUGGGGAGGCCGAAGGAUGGCCCGGAGGACAAGUUCAGGCUGAACCCGGUGGUGCCGCGCCUGCAAGAGCUGCUGGGCGGCGCCAAGGUGUCCAAGGCAGAUGACUCUAUCGGCCCAGAGGUCGCCGGCGCUGCCAAGGCCCUCGGCAACGGCGAGGUGCUGGUGCUGGAGAACGUGCGCUUUUACAAGGAGGAGACCGAGAACGACCCCGGCUACGCUGAGAAGCUGGCCGCCAACGCUGACAUCUACGUCAACGACGCCUUCGGCACUGCCCACCGCGCCCACGCAUCCACUGAGGGUGUGACCAAGUUUCUGAGGCCGUCGGUGGCCGGUUUCCUGCUGCAGAAGGAGCUGGACUACCUUGAUGGCGCUGUGACGCAGCCCAAGCGCCCAUUCGUGGCCAUCGUGGGCGGCUCCAAGGUGUCCUCCAAGAUUGGAGUCAUCGAGUCCCUCAUCAACAAGGUCGACAAGAUCAUCCUCGGGGGGGGCAUGAUCUUCACCUUCUACAAGGCGCGGGGGAUGUCUGUGGGCAGCUCGCUGGUAGAGGAGGACAAGCUUGAGCUGGCCAAAAGCCUGGAGGCGGCCGCCAAGGAGAAGGGCGUCGAGUUCAUCCUGCCCACGGAUGUCAUCAUCGCCGACAAGUUUGACGCCGAGGCCAACACCCAGACCGUCUCCGCCGACGCCAUCCCCGACGGCUGGAUGGGACUGGACAUUGGUCCGGACUCGCUGAAGACGUUCCAGGACGCGCUCAGCGACUCCAAGACCGUCAUCUGGAACGGUCCCAUGGGCGUCUUCGAGUUCGAAAAGUUCGCCAGGGGCACCUACGGCGUCGCCGAGACCCUCGCAGAGCUCACACCCAAGGGCACCAUCACCAUCAUUGGUGGAGGAGACUCAGUUGCAGCUGUGGAGAAGGCCGGCCUCGCCGACCAGAUGAGCCACAUCUCAACCGGAGGUGGCGCCUCUCUGGAGCUGCUCGAGGGCAAGGUCCUCCCCGGAGUGGCUGCUCUGGAUGAGAAGUGA